GGUGAAUGAAGGUGCUAUAUAAAUUCAGACAUUUAGCACUUAUUCAUACAGGAGAGAGAAGAAGGGAACAGAUCAAAAAGGUUGGGUGCAGAAGAUUGAACCCUAAACACACAGGAGGGUUGACACUUAGCCUGAGAGUCAGCUGCCGUACAGACUGCACCACACUGUGCUCUGUAAAAUACACCCACACUGAUGUGUGUGUUUCUCUCUGCAGAUGCUGACGGUGUGUACACAGUGAGUAAAGUAGCUGUACAGAGUGGAAGAUCUGUCACCAUCCCAUGUCUCUACGAUAGAGAAUAUGACUAUCACGUGAAAUACUGGUGUCAUGGGUCAAACUGGAAUUUUUGUAAAACUGUAGUACGCACUGACUCUCCUAAACGUACUGGUAAAACAUCAAUCACUGAUGACCCCACCCAUCAUGUCUUCACUGUUAACAUGACAAUGCUGACAACCUGGGACUCUGGAUAUUACUGGUGUGCUGUAGAGAUCCAGCGCGGUGGAGAUAAGGGAGCAUAUCUGUACCUGUCAUUCACUGCAGACACUCCUGGACUCUGGGUUGAGCAGCAGGAGGUGGCCGGUGUGGAAGGGGGCCAUGUCAGUGUGCUGUGUCACUAUAAUGAACCGAGCAGCAUGAAGAAGUGGUGCAGGAUAAAGGGCUCCUGUGUGGAAGUGAAUUCUGGUGAAUCUGGAAGAUCAGAGAUGAAAGAUGACCACUCUAAAAAGGUUUUCACUGUGAGGGAGCUGAACAUGGAGGACACAGGCUGGUAUUGGUGUGCUGCUGGAAAACUACAGAUCCCUGUUCACCUCACUGUCACUCAGAAAACUACAACUACCACAGUCACCACACCAACCCAUUCUUCAGCAUCUGCAGCACUAAGCACAUCUCUUCUGGUUACCACAGCAACCACAGCAGUAACAUCGUCCAAGCCUUCAACCUCAAAGUAUUCAACAGUCUCAACACCUUUCUCACCUGUUCCAACAACAAUCAAUUACAAUAAAAGCCUUCUGAAAACCCUGCAGAUGAGGUUCUGUACAGCUCAGUCGUCCGGAAAAAUCUACAGACCACACACUCGUCUCGCCGUUCUGCAGCAGAUAGAGCUGGUGAUGUGA